UCAGGAGUUCAUUUUGACGAAUGAACUGCUACAAGAAAAAAAGUAAAAAUUAAUACGGAAGGGUAUUUUUGUCUGUUUUAUAUUUAUAAAUUAUUAUGGACCAAACAGUAAAGGCGUUUUCCCAAAGGACUAAACAGACAUGGGACCAACCAAAAAAAGACCAAACGAUAUUUUUCCCUAUCCACGAAAUCUCAAGGUAAAGACUUUCUAAAGACGGACUGUCCUCCUCAGGUCUACGUUAAAACUUCAAAAUUCAAACCCGCCAAUGCCCUGAUAAUAACGUCUAACUCGGCAUAACUCACUCACUCUAUCGGAAUAAGAAAGCUCCCUACAUUUCUAGGGUUUCGCUUCAACUUCGACAAUGAAUCAUCGAAAACCUAAGAAAUCAGACUCAGCUUCAAAGUUGAUUUUGGAAGAAAUAAUUGGAUUGACGAGUAAGAAUGGGAAUGGAUUAGCAUCAAAUCAUAUAACUGGAGAUUGUAUGUAUUUAGCUGGAUGUGUUGUUGUGGUUUAUAAUGUUAACACUGCUAUUCAAACUCAUCUCGUUGUUCCUUCAAGAACCCCUAAACCCUUGAACUGCGUCGCUUCUUUACACAGUCCAAGUAAAAUUGUUGCCGCCGGAGAGUCGGGACAUCAACCAGCAGUUAUAGUAUGGGAUUAUUCAACACAGAUUGUUGUUUCUGAACUGAAGGUUCAUCGAUUUGGGGUAUCAUGUAUUGCUUUUUCACCUGAUGGAAAGCAUUUGGUUUCCAUUGGGUUUCCUCAUGAUGGGUAUCUUUGUCUUUGGGAUUGGAAAAGUGGGACGAUGGUUACGAAGAUCAAAUCAAGUUCAUCUUGUACCGGUAUAUCGUGUGUUAGCUUCUCAUCUGAUGCACGUGUUUUUGUAACGUCUGGGAAGAAGCAUUUGAAGUUUUGGACACUUGGUUCAUCUACGAGACCUCGUUCAAAUGUCACUAGCUUACCUACAUUGGAUGGGAAAUCUGCUACUCUUGGUUGUCAGAAAGGGAAUUCUUUUGUGUCUGUGGUAUCUGCAACUUCUAGUUCGGCCAACCUUGUUGGUGGCAGCCGGGCUGUAAAGCUCUAUCCAAUCUAUGCAUUGACAGAUGCUGGUGUUUUGUGUCUUAUCAAAUCUGGUUUUUCUGUAACAAGGUGGGAGGAUUUAGAGGUAGAGAAAAGCUUUGCAAUGUCUAUAUCAAACAAACUUAUCGCGUGUGCAUGCACAAAUGGAGUUGUAAAGCUCUUCACAGUUGAAACCAUCAAAUAUGUGGGAAGUCUGCAGUAUCUAAAGGCCAAAGAGCAUCAUGAGUCAACAGAUACCAGCGAGACAAAACCCUCUGAGAAGGCUUUCCACUCCGAUCCAGCUCUUCCUGAUGCUAUAGCUUGUCAAUUCUCAUCCUCUGAAAAGCUUGUGGUUAUUUAUGAAAAUCACAGUCUUUACAUCUGGGAUGUAGAUGAUGUAUUUCAGGUUAGUAGAUGUUGUGUGCUUGUUUCACAUAGUGCAUGCAUUUGGGAUGUAAAGAAUCUCCCAUGUGAAAACAUGCAUGAUCCUGCUCUUGCAUGUGUGGCUAGAGGUUGUUGUGGUGGAAUCUCGUUUGCAACCUGCUCUACUGAUGGUACUAUCAGGUUGUGGGAUCUUCUAUUGCAACCAGAAGGUAACGAGACUUCGGUUGACACUGACAAAGCCAGCGCUUUACACUUAGCUGGUGCUGGGAUUUUUGAACGUGAUAUCGUGGAGUCAGCAAUUGACACCAAGGGAUUUCGGUCAAUGGCAGUUAGUUCAGAUGGAAUAUAUAUGGCUGCCGGGGAUUCCCAGGGGAACCUUCAUCUCUAUAACUUACACACUUCCGAUUAUACAUGCAUUCAGAAUGCUCAUGAUUCAGAGAUUCUAUCCUUGACUUUUAACCUGCCUAGUAAGAACCAUGUUAGUAAAGAUAUAUCAGAAAAUCAUUAUUUGCUUGCUUCCGGUGGGCGAGAUCGAAUGAUCCAUUUGUAUGAUGUCAAAAGGGGUCUUGAAGUCAUUGGAAGCAUGGAUGAUCACUCAGCUGCCGUGACUUCUGUAAAACUUACCUUUGAUGGCCAUAAGAUUGUUAGCUGCAGUGCUGAUAGGUCACUCGUCUUCCGUGAUGUGUCCAUAACAGAUACCGAGUGUAAGAUUUCACGAUCUCAUCAUCAAAUGGCAUCUCUUGGCACAAUUUAUGACAUGGUUAUAGAUCCUUCCAUGGAGGUUGCAGUUACUGUUGGGCAGGAUAAGAAGAUAAAUGCUUUCAGCAUUUCUUCUGGGAAGCUUCUUAAGACAUUUAAACAACAAGGAUCUUUUGGGGAGCCAAUAAAGGUAACUUUGGAUCCGAGCAGCAGCUAUCUUGUAUGCUCUUACUCUAACAAGUCUAUGUGCAUCUAUGACUUCACCAACGGGGAGUUAGUCACACAAGCAGUGGGACAUGGUGAAGUAAUAACUGGCAUCAUUUUCUUGCCGGAUUGCAAGCACUUAGUUUCAGUAGGUGGUGAGGGUUGCAUAUUUGUUUGGAGAUUGCCUUCUACUCUAUCAACAAAGAUGCAGCAGCGAAUGAUGGAAAAUGCUGGUUCGGUGUCACCAAGAAGCAUGCAAAAGCCACUAAUUUUGAGGGGGGGCAGUUUAUAUGACGAGUCUGGCUACCAUUGCAAUACUAAACCCAAUGGUGGACAAAACAAGAAUGUAGAUGUAAAAGAUGUUUUUUCUCAGGAACAGAGGUCUCAAGAUGUCUCGACAUUUGAGUUUAGCAUCUCAAGGCUUCCGAAGUGGGCACAAGCCAAAGUGGCAAGUGAAGGGACCCUCUCUCUAACUCCAGAAGUCAACAUGUUCCAGAACAAAGAACCAGAACCCGAUACAUCCUUAAUGAGUGAGAGUGGCGAACCAGAACUUGAUUCAUCCUCCAUGAGUGAGAGUGGUGAACCAGAACACAGUUCAUCCUUGUUGAGUGAGAAUGUUGUGAUCCUUACUCCUAAGGGUCUUGAUCAACUCCACAGUCCAUUACAACCUAUCCUUGAAAGUAAUGAGCUGUGCCUCACUAACAUAUCCAACGGGUCAUCUGGUAGUGAUGCCAGCGAGAAUUCUCCUCUUCCUCAGGGUACUUCGAGUUUCGCGAUGGACAGUCGUUGGCAUACUGUUCAUACUGUGUACCAUGAGCUGCUAGAUUCUCCUGAUGCGGCGGAUAUCAAGGUUGAGAUGGUCCCGUUCUCUGCUUCAACAUUCUUAAACAAUCCAUCCUUGGAGGUGUCAAGGAACCAUGGAGACUGCAUAGAUAGAACAGAAGAAAAUCCUGUUCCAACAAACUACAUCCCUGUGAAAUCUUUUCCUGGUCCGAGCAACCAAGAUGGUGCACUCGUUCAUAAUCCAAGGACAUCCUCUGCAGCUUCCGCAGAACAGAUGAACCCAGAUGUACAAAAAGUUCCCAUGCAGACGAUUAAAGAUGGGGACAGUGAGAGAACGAUCCAAGAUGAUGAUAUCUUCAGCCAAAAUUUCAGCAAUCUGUCAAGUGUUUUGAAGCUCGAGGGGCGGAGAUUGUCAGUGAGGAGAAACUAUUCGGCUAGAUUUGUUGUAAGGCGUGACCAUGUUACAGGUUGCAAGAGACUUUUGGAAGCACUCAAUCAACCUUCACACGGUGAAGUUCUGAACAUUAAGGAUACUGAAACUACCUCUCGUACUUCAUCAAGACCUCCACUUAAAAGAGUGGUGGAAGAUUGUCAAACAUCUGAUCACGAUCCAAUGAAAGUUGAAGGAAUCAACGAGAUACACCAAAGAAAAGAUAGUUCAGUUCAAAUACAAGAAAGAAUAAAUGAAUGCAAGAAAGCAUUAUUUGACAUGGAUACUGCAGCAGAUACCGCACUACAGUUAUUUGGCAACCUGCAGAGUUUGAUCCCAAGUGAGUGUACACCUGAAUUAUACGAUCAGGCAGCUACAUUGAUUCCUAGAUUAAUAAAGAAAAUCAAUGCACUUGCUGAUUUAGUCCAGUCUCGCAAGAAAGAUUCAUGUUCUAAUGCUAAAAUGGAAGAAACAUGAUCACUACAGGUUUUUCCAUUCCACCCUUGUGUAUAUAGCCAGC